UUUCCCCCUCGACACAUCACAACUGAGUGUGGUAUUCGAGCAUAUUUUUGUGGUAGUCUGCAAUCUCUUAAUCAGCACUGCAAAGAAACAGCUUGUGUGUGUGAGAGAGAAAUAUAAUGCAUCAAAAGAGUCGCAGAGCGUAUCAAAACCAUAAGAUUGCAUUGAGGAAUGAGGAUAUGAACUGCUUUUAUUCCCCAGGUCCACUUAAAAAAAAUACUGUUUUUACACAUUUUGGGUUGGGUUGAGGUCCUUUUAAUUGGUUUCUUCUGAAACUUCUUCUUCUGCUAUAUCACCAAUAAUCAGUAGUCAGUGUAUUAACAAGGCCAGAUAAACUUAUCUUUAAUCUGUCAAAUGCUUUUCAUCCCCAGUUCAACUGACUAGUGGGUGUAACUGCAGGCGUGUCAGUGUGCUUGAAUACCCACCAAUCAUAACGACACUGAUCACAACCAGGCCAGCAAGUCUCCCAACGUGGAUUCAGCAGUGGAGAGAGAAUUCUCAGUUAAGUGUUGUAUACAGGAAUUCAGAGUCAAAGUGGACAAAGUGUCAGAAGCAGAAUCCGAACUGUCAAGAUGACCAAUUCUAGCAGCAGCCCCGGCUACUGCCCUCUCAUCCAGGCCAUGGUGAACGCCAGCGUACCAUCCAACUCCUCGGCUGAGGUGGGGGCUCUGAGCCUGGCCACGGUGUGUCUCCACGGCCUGGUCUCCUCCUUCGGCAUCCUGGAGAACAUCCUCAUCCUGGGGAUUGUGGGUUUCCGUGUCCGCCGUACCGUCAUCAGCGUGUGGAUCCUCAACCUGGCUGCCUCGGACCUCUUGGCCACGGCGUCACUCCCCUUCUUCACUAUCUUCCUGGCACGCGGAGGCACCUGGACCCUGGGCACCACCUUCUGCAAACUCCACUCCUCCAUCUUCUUCCUCAACAUGUUCGUCAGCGCCUUCCUGCUUGCGGCCAUCUCUCUGGACCGCUGUCUGGUGGUUCACAAGCCCGUCUGGGUUCACAACCGUAGGAACGUGCAGCUGGUCGGCAGGGUAUGUGGAAUCAUCUGGGCCCUGGCUGUGCUCUGUACGGUACCGUACUACCUGUUCCGGGAUACUAUUCAUCGGCAGGACGGGAGGGUCAUGUGUUACUAUAACUACGCUCAGUAUCUCCCAGUUAGGGAGUUUGACCUAAAAGAUCUGUGUGAGGCUCGCCAGGAUGCCCUGGCCUUCUCUAAGCUCCUCCUGGCCUUCAUUCUUCCCCUGGUGGUCAUUGUGUGGUGCUAUGUAUCAGUGACCAUUGGUAUCGCGCGGCGUGGCCGCAACCGGCACCCUUUCCGCUUCGUUAGACUCGUGGUAGCAGUGUUGAUGAGCUUUGUGGUCUGCUGGGCUCCAUAUCACGUCUUCAGCGUCCUGGAGGCUGUAGCUCAGUAUCGACCCUCCCUCCGGGGCCUCGUGGCCAGCGGCCUGCCCCCCACUGCCAGCCUAGCCUUCCUCAACAGUGUGCUAAACCCCAUCCUCUAUGUGUUCAGCUGUCCGGACCUGUGCCACAAGAUCAGACAGUCCCUUGCGGCAGUAAUGGAGAGCGUGCUGGCGGAGGACCUAGGGGAGUGGUCACAGCGACAAAGCACGCAGAGAUCUUCCAGCAGUACCUCAGAGCUGCUGCUGAGGGGGAGGAGGUCCCUCAACUAUGCCCCCAGCCUGAGAGGAAGAGACUUCAGGGCGGAGGAGGAGGCGGCACAGAAGACGAAGGAACCACACCCUGCUAACUGAGGUGUUUUGUCAAUGACAGUUCCGAUGCCAAAGCCAGGUUCGCGUCUAGGUUCUGCAACAGUGGGAUACAUAAUGAUCCAUUUAUAAAUCAUUGUAUUUUGAAUCCGUGUUAUGUACAGCAUAGACACCAGAAGGAUUGAGGAAUAUAUCUUGUGUGUUUUGCAAUGGUUUCAGUAGUGUUAAACCAAAGGCUCAGCAAUGUGCUAGUAUGCUUUUAUAUUUGCUUUUUGCUUUUGUACGGUACCCAUUCCAAGUAGGCUCUGAUGCACCCCUUUUCAAUUGCAGACUUGCCUGCUAAUGUAAAUGGUGACCCACUGGUCUCGCUUUGGCAAGUCACUACUAGGGGAUUUCUGGACGCUCUUAGUUAUUGAUGGUAAAAGUCCACUGGGGCAGACAUGCUUGACCCAAGUAUUCUACGACUUGCUGUACAUAUGAUUGUGGAACCCUUGACACAUAUCUUUUUAAUCUAUCCAUUCUCUUGGGUAUUAUUCCUAAAGUGUGGAAGGUGGCCCAUGAUCUCCCGCUCCACAAAGGUGGUGAUCCCUGCUAUCUUCGUAAUUAUCACACAAUCUCAAAACUUUCAUGUCUAGCGAAGAUAUUAGAAGUCUGUAAAUUCUCAGCUGCUCUCCUUUUUUAGAUGGAUAAUCUAUUCUGAAUGCUCACCAGUCAGGCUUUAGGCCAGUACAGAGCACCAUCUUGGCUGCUUUAUAUGGUUAACGCGCUAGGAAACAGGAAAAGGCACCACACUGCCCUUUAUAUUGAUCUGUUGAAAGCAUUCGAUAUGGUUGAUCAUGCACUCCUGCUACGGAGGCUAUCUGAAAUUUGUGUAGACCAACUGGCCUGUAGCUGGUUUACGACAGACGUAAAUGUACACUGAGUGUACAAAACAUUAGGAACACCUUCCUAAUAUUGAUUUGCACGCUCUUGUCCUCAGAACAGCCUCAUUUCGUUGGGGGAUGGAUUCUACAAGGUGUCAAAAGCAUUUCACAGGGAUGCUGGCUCAUGUUGACUCCAAUGCUUCUCACAGUUGUCAAGUUGGCUGGAUGUUCUUUGGGUGGUGGACUAUUCUUGAUACACACGGGAAACUGUUGAGCAUGGAAAAACCCAUCAGUGUUACAGUUCCUGAAUCAAACCAGUGUGCCUGGCACCUACUACGAUACUCUGUUCAAAGGCACUUAAAUAUUUUGUUUUGCCCAUUUACCCUUUGAUUGGCACAUACACACUCCAUGCUUCAAUUGUGUCUAGGCUUAAAAAUCUUUCUUUAACCUGUCUCCUCUUCAUCUACAUUGAUUGAAGUGGAUUUAACAAGUGACAGCAAACAGGGAUCAUAACAUUCACCUGGAUUCAUCUGGUCAGUCUGUCAUGGAAAGAGCCGGUGUUUGCAACGUCUUGUACACUCAGUGUCUGUCUGCUGAUGGUGUUCAGUCUUUUUUUUUUUUUUUUUUUUUUUUUACAUAACCAAGGAGUGCCACAAGGCUCAAUACUAUGCCUUUUACUGUUCACUAUUUACAUUAAUAAUGUUUGUCCCUGAAUAAUAAAAAUGGGCUUACAUCUC